AUGGUUAAUCGUGCACUCAUUAUAUGUUCGACAUAUACACCAUUAGCUGCUGAAUUUAAUGAAAUAAGAAGAAUUGGUUUAAGAAAUGAUUAUCCACUGUCUUUUAUUGACAAUAUUAUUGGCAUUAAAUUAAGUCAAUAUCGUCGAAAGAUGAAUGGAGAAUCAAAAUUAACCACAGAACGUCAAUGUUUACGAAGAUUACAUGAACAUGGUGCACCAAAAACAAUUUAUCAACAACAACAGUGCAACCAUGUAAGUGAUGACCUUAGUGUUAGUAACAACAUCAUAGAAUUAAGAAGAUCAUCACGUAUAAAAAACAAAACAGCAACAGUAACAACAGCACCACCACCACCAACAACAGACGACGACAGCAACGAUAAUAAGAUUGCCAAGUCAUCAAUUACUCGACAUGAAAAAGAAACAGGUCAUCAUAUGGACUGGAGUAAUUUUCAGGUAACAUGGCAAGACAAUCAUUAUUAUCGUCUAUUAAUUAAAGAAUCAUUAUUGAUCAAGACUUAUGAACCAGAACUCAACAAAACCACACAUUCGGUACCAUUACUUGUUUUUCCUGAUGGUCUACCGAGAGUUCUGCUACCUAAUCCUGAUCUUUAA